CGUCAAAAUCGUUUAUCACUGGUCUUUGUCCCUUCCCUAAUUAUCCCAAUUCAGCCUCCACCACGUCGGCUUCCGCCCAGCUGAAUCGAAGUGUCCUGACUAUCCACACGGAGUCCUCCCGCCAUUUCCAUGCCCCCUUUCUCUCAGCCAUCGAUUCGUAUUUCUUUUCUACUAUCACCUGCCAUCACCCUCCGUCAACCUCAAUCUCAGCCGAUGAGCGACCCUACGAGAUAACCCAAGAGUCCAACCCGCAAUGGCCACGGCCCCCUGCGAGAGCUUGCUCCAAGCCGGGGACGAACCUCUAUACUGCGAAGCUGAUCCGAGCGAAGUCCUAUGGGAAGGUUCCGACGACGAGCAGUAUCCAAGCCCAGCCCAUCGCAAGUGGGCGUACGAGAAGUCCGCCGUUCGUUUCCUCGAGGGGGCACCCAUACGGCUCCUCUCUUCCACGCUACAAGGCCCCUUCGAUCAAGCCUCGGGCUGGGUCAAUCCGUGGCGCUCCAAGAAAGGCUCGUUGAGGUCUCAAUCCCGCACAACCACAACGACUGGCCCACGCAGACGCCUUCACCGCGUCAGGGUUUCCCAGCGACUGGCCAUAAUACCAUCUUCCGCUUCACCGUGUAUCGACGACUCCUUUGCCGAAAACCACCCCAAGACACGACCCGGCUCGGUCUGUCAUCUCCCUAGUCCUGAAAGUCUCGACCGCCCUGCCGAUAUCCCACACCAGUAUCUUGACGAGGAUGAACUGGCAAAAGUGGAAACUUGGAGGAGCACGGUUGAACCCGAGAAGCCCAAGAAGGAAAUCUUGUCCCCUAACACCCCGCGCAAAAGACCAGCCGGCACUUCCUCUUGGCUCAAACGCCCCCAUGGGAAACGAUUGCGAACUAGCGAAAGUCUUGACGAAGAGGAUAUGGCAUCAAUGCUCGUGCAGAAUGCCAACAGCAGCCCCAGUACACGGAAGCUUGUCAGCAGCCAGCUGUGGGACGAUGUCUCGGGAGAGGACGAGCUGAAUUUCGGUGUCCAGACGAGUUUGCGGAGUCCGGAGAGCAGUCAAUCGUCCGACCGGAAGAUCCCCACGCGCUGCGGCCCACUGGGGGCACCCCAGGGGCUCGUACGCGGCGUGGAUCUCUCGGAUGACGAGCUCUCGUGGCCGAGCGGCUCCACGGAGAAGAAGUCACGGACCUGGCCCGCCGCAUCGGUCCGAUCGCAAGUCUCGCACCGCCAACCAUUGUCUGGCCCCAAGAGCAGUCCAAGCAGGCGGUUCCUCCGUUAUGCCACGAAUGCACACUCAUCCCCCACGUCGAAGAUGUCCAAGAAGAGGGCCGAAGCUAGAAUGCAGGAGGAGGAGGAGGAGGAGGAGAACGCUUUGGAAUUCGAGACGCAGCAAGACAACAGCUUCGUCUUCCGAGCUCGACGAAAGACGAACAAGACCGUUUCACCCCGGCGCGAGGUUGCUUCGUCUUUACCCGAGCCGUCCUUGUCACCUCGAGUGGUCGUCAAAGAAGAGAAUCUGGACGACUCCCGGGUCGACAACGCCACAGACGAUGCGGACAACGAAACAUUCGACGACGACGUUACCGACUUUACGUCCCUGGGCACCCGGGAGGAAGAAGAACUGGAGCUUCCGUCUCGAGACAUAUGUAGUCUCGAGAACGUCAGCUCGGACUUGCUUACUGAUGCAAGCUCUACUACUGCCAGUAACCCGUCUCCCGAACCCGAACAAGCACAGAUGGCCGAAAAUACUUUCGCCGCCACCCAGCCCUCCACCCAACCAGCUUCGCCCGACCCAGCGAAACCUCAGCCACAAGCGUCAGUUUCAGGCGGCGCCGCGCCUUCCAACGCCCCAGCCAUUGAUGCCAUGGGCGAAGCUUCAGAAGAGGAGAGCCUGAGUCCCUCCCAACUCGACAGCCAACCAACCAAGGCCAUCGACGUCGUUCCCAGCUCGCAACCUACGUUCGACUCUGGCACGCUCGUCGAAUGCAUGGAUGCUGAGGUGGCUAGCCAAGGCGACGAAAUCGAAACGGACAACCUUCCAUUGGCAUUUGACGAGGAGGAGGAGUCUGCGCCCGAUAACGAACGUCCUGGCUGUCUUGCGGGGUCGCCCUUGCGAGAAGACAUACCCGAGCCGAAACAGGACCUCACACCUGCCCAGUUGCCAGAAACGAGUUUGCCGGUCGAGAUGGAGAUUGACGAAGAUGUGUCGAACCACGAAUGUGACGCUGACAGAGGAGUCGAAGAAGUCGAAGAAGUCGCGGACGUCGAGGAAGUUAAAGAAGUUGAGCAAGUCCAAGUAGUCGAGGAAACGGAAGAGGAGAUGCCCGACGUGAUUGUCAUGGACGAAGUGGAAAUGCAAGUCGAAAUACCAACUUCCUCUUUGCCCCCCACGGCUCCGGCCACCGAAGAGAGGGCACAGGGCGUGGUCGCUACGGACAAGGCCGAACUCCUGACUUCUCUCUUACCCAACAUCAUUCCGGAAACGGAAGAGAAGGCCCCUGAUGCGAUCGCCAUGGCCGAGGCCGAAAUUUCAAGCUCUUCCUUGGCUAUCACGGCUCCAGUCAUCGAAGAAAUAAUGCCCGACAUCAUCGUCGCGAGCACGGUCGAAACUCCAAUCUCCGAAUCGUCUUACAUGGCUCCCAUCACUCAAGAGAGAACACCAGACAUAGUUACUACCAACGAGACCGAAAGUCCAACCCCUUCUUUACCUGAUAUGAGUCCGGUCACCGAAGAGAAAACCCCUGACGUGGUCGUUACGAACGAAGCCGAACGCCCGACCUUUGACUUACCUGACACGGCUCAGAAACCCAACCCCUGCGAAUACGAGCAGGUAGGACAAGUCCGCCGCGAGACAACCCCACUCGAAAAAGCGGCAUCUGAGGUCACACCGCUCGAGAGCCAUGUCGGCGAGAUCGAAUCAGCUGAGGAUGUGUCCCUCAUUGUACCCGCUUCGCAGCAGAGCCCGUGGAAAGCCACCCAGGUGGUUUUUCCCCAUGUCACGUCGCAUGCGCACACAUCUCAUGAUGGCCUCUCAAAUCAGCUUCCUCCGGCCGAGACUGCCGCUCUGCGCGACGGGAGUAUGGUGGCGCCAUCUCAGGAAACGGCCUGGGACGAAUCUCAGAAUCCGGUCGUGGUCGCAUCAGUCAAGAGGCUGUCAGAUGUACUCCGCAUCGACGCACUCAUCCACCACGACCCCAUGGAUGUGGAUAAAAGGCACAAGACACAGCCAAGGCAAGCCGCGAGGCAAGCGUCCACGGCGUACAUUAGCCCGUACAGCAGCAGUAGCCAGAACUCGUUGGUGCCACCGUCGCAGCAGACUCCCUGGCAACCAGAAGCGUCACAGUUGGACUUGAGGCAGCAAAUUGACUUCUCAUCAAGCCAGAACAGUGCAGCCGAGGGUGCAACGCAACAGGAGUCGCAGAGUCCGUGGUCUAGGAGCUUCGACAGUAUGCGCCUAGUUGCUCAUCACGCCCUCCGACUGGCCGGCAUCGGUUUCAAGUCGUCGUUCGCUUCGCCGUCGCAACGCAAGACGGCCGAGAACUCGCAGGGGCAAGCAGCACCAGCGGCGCCGACAAAUGAGAGUAUCAGCAAGCGCAUCAUGGGCCCUACGCCCAAAGCGGCAUACGUAAGCCCCUAUCCACUACUAGACACACAACAUACACCGACGCCCGCGCCAGCCAAGGUCCCGACGGCUCCGGCUCCCACCAACAUUACUCUCAGGGCUUUCAGGGACUUCCGAUCCCCUUCCCCGGAACCCGCUCACCACCCGACGGGCGAACCGAGGACCUCGCUCGGCCCUUGUGGCAAGAAACGCGGCAUCCUGACCGACUCUUCAACGAGCCCGGGCUGUCCAGAGCGUCCCGCCAAACGAGUCUCCUGGGGACCCCUCCCUUGCGAGAGCGAGACCGGGGAGGACGACGGAGACAGCCGCGCCUUGCCGGCAACCACGCCCGCCAUGCCAUCUCCGUCCCGCGGCGGCGGCAGGGCAGCGUCUCCUCCCCCGGACCAAGCCCUCGCCGACCUACCGGCCAACCGGGAAGACGCGUUCCACGGGCACUUCAAUGCGGUCAGGCUCCACGCCAAAGGUCACAGGCAUCGCAUCUUGCCGUCGUCGUCGUCGUCGUCGUCGUCGUCGCCGUCGCGUGGGCCCGAGAGCCCUGCGCCCACGGCCAUGGCAGAUGCGUUUUUGGCGGCCGAUGAGAUGGCGAAGGGGAUACACGUGAACCAGGGCGCCGGGUCGGAGGGUGCCGCUGUUUCCGCGAAUGCCGAGAAGGCGAAUGUCGAGAAGGACGUGGGGGAGUCGACUGAGGAGGAAAUGGAUGAUGUCGAUGCCGUCCUGCAGGAUUUGGAUGAGUAUAUUGAGCUCAUUAGCGUCGAAGCAGAUGUUGCGCGUGCCAGGUCGGAAAGGACGACGCGGAGCGCGCCGAGGAUGGAGGGGUUGUUUCCCCUGGCGUAGCCGGACGGCUUCGCGCGGCUUAUUCCGGGGCAGCACGGGAAUUACAAGCCGAGGGGAUAGGGGAUGGAUAAUCGGGCAGGAUACCCGGGCACGGGACAGUGUCCAUGAGCCCCUUGUAUCACCACCAACCAGGAGACGCCUAUGCGGCGCUAAGAUCAUGAGGUCGAGGCAUCUGUUCAGGGAUGCCACGAUCAACCUGCAUGUCUGGUUUCAUGCAUGUUUUGCUAGCGAGCAGAGGAGUUUGGGAGGCUAUUUGUUUUCGGGUAUAAUAAUAACUGGGUUUGGUAUGGAGGACCAUCAGGUGUACGAUAGUUUGCUUGGACGUCUUGUCACAUUACGAGGCCAGUAUACCAUACCAUACUACAUAAUUCAC